AUGGCACCAAACCAAAACGAGAAGAAAAUCAUCAACGAAAAAGUUGCUCAAGUUCGUGAAGUUGUUGACAACGCCACUAACAAUGACAUCAUUAUGGUUCUUCACACUUUUGAUUUAGAUGUAAAUAAAACUAUCCAAGCUUUCUGUGAAGGUAAGAGUUUUUAAAAAAUAUUCUCAGACUUUUUAAAUUUCAAAAUCGUAUUUUAGAUGGUGCUGCCAGUAUUUUGGGAGAUUGGGUAACAUCAGGAGGUGCUAGUGUUGCCAGUAAAAACAAGAAGAACAAGAAUAAGAAGGCAAAAGCAUCGGUUGCAUCAUCAGCCGAAACUGUCACCUCUACACCAUCCACCGCCACCACACCACCAGUUCAACAACAAAAACCGGCAAAAACUCAAACAGCCGCUCCAGUUCGUCAGGAGCAACCAUCGGUAAAUAAACCAGCGGCAGCUCCAGCUCCAGCUUCCAAUGAUCCACUCAGUGUUGCGUUCAAAGCACUUCGCACCGCGUUGAACGACCGUGAGAAACAAUUGAAGGCGGGUAAUCAAAAAUCGCUUUCACUCGACACAUCAGCUCUUGUCAAAUCGAUUUUGGCAUUUGGAGAGAGCUCGGCUCAAUCGAAACCAACUCAAAAACCAACACAACAACAACAGCAAAAGACUGUGUCACCACCACCAGCUUCGGCUCCAAUCAAACAUGCCACUAGUCAAUCAAGCAUCACAAGCUCGGUUGGAGCUGAUUCCGGUGUUAACUUGAGCCCAACUCACAAGGGUAAGUUAGAAAUAUAUUGAAUUUUCAACAAAAUCUUGUCCUGAAAUGGCUCAAAAAUAAAAAGAAACUCACAAAUUACCGCUCUAUCCUAUUUUAGAAAUGACCAAAAGGGAAACAGUUCACGUGAAUUUUGAAAUGAUUUUUUAUAUGAGCCCUGAAUUUUUGUAGUGAAAAAAACUAAAAUUCAAGCCAAAAAAAAUUUUUGGUCAUUAUUUCUUCUCGUGACAAUUUAAAUAAAUCUCUCAUUUUCCAGAAGAGAAGAAGGCACCAGCAAAACCACAACAAACCGUUGUCUCAAACGGUCUCCAAAUGACAGCCGAUGGUCUUUCACAAGCUCAAUUGGCUGCUCUUCAACAAACUCUUACUCUUCAACUCGCUGCUCGCGGUCUCGAUGCGUCAGUCUUGACAUCAUCCGAAAAUGUGGUUCGUCGACCAAGAAACAACAACAAAAACGAGAACAAAAAGGGUGGUAAUCACGGCAAACCACAACAACCAAAAUUGACAAUUUUGUAA